UAGCUAAAAGGACAACAGCUCCAAAGAUUAGCACAAUGUACAUGUUCUCUAGAUACACCGAUCAGGCAUAAUAUUAUGACCACUGACAUGUGACGUGAAUAACACUGAUUAUCCCCUCAUCAUGGCACCUGUUAGUGGGUGGGAUAUAUUAGGCAGCAAGUGAACAUUUUAUCCUCAAAGUUGAUGUGUUAGAAGCAGGAAAUGGGAAAUGGGCAAGCGUAAGGAUUUGAGCGAGUUUGACAAGGGCCACAUUGUGAUGGCUAGACGACUGGAUCAGAGCAUCUCCAAAACUGUAGCUCUUGUGGGGUGUUCCCGGUCUGCAGUGGUCAGUAUCUAUCAAAAGUGGUCCAAGGAAGGAACAGUGGUGAACCGGCGACAGGGUCAUGGGCGGCCAAGGCUCUCUGAUGCAUGUGGGGAGUGAAGGCUGGCCCGUGUGAUCCGAUCCAACAGACAAGCUACUGUUGCUCAGAUUGCUGAAGAAGUUAAUGCUGGUUCUGAUAGAAAGGUGUCAGAAUACACAGCCCACCUCAGUUUGUUGCUUAUGGGGCUGCAUAGCUGCAGACCAGUCAUGGUGCCCAUGGCCAUAAUGUUAUGCCUGGUCAGUGUAAAUGCGCCAUCUACAGACUGAACAGAUUGUUGAUGUAUUGUUUUCCCAGACACAUUCGACUGAGACGUCUGAAUGCACUCGGUGAACUAUUCCUAAUGCUUAAUAAAUGAAAUACAGAUGGGGAAGAGACAAAACAUUUGCAGGUUAUUUUCAAUCCCUUCAGGGGAAAUGAUCAGAAUAUUGAAGUUCACUCAAACUUAAUUAUUUCUAUUUGUAUGCCUCCACGUUAUAUUUAGAUUUGAUUUAUUCGUUCGUCAGACGCUUUUAUCUGAAGUGUGCCAUAAUAAAACGAGUCCCCUUUUUUUUUACUUUCUGGAGCUUUUUAUUGCAGCCUAAUAUUUGUAAUGCAUUGCAUAAACACCCCAUAAUUUAGCCUGAUUCUGUAGGUUGCUACUGCUUGCGUAUCACCAUAGUAACAGCAGAACAGGUCAACAAAUCUGUCAUGGACGGCGCGUGCCCCGCGCGCGCGCGAAAGCUCCCAGCCGGAGACCUGUUUCACGCGGCGGUGUGUGGAGAUCCCAGAUGGCUGUGUUUAACUCUGGACAGAGUGCAGUCUCCAGGUCAGCAGCACAACAAACAGGGUCUUACAGUGCUCCACGUGGCUGCUCAACAUGGUCAGCUAAAUUGCUUGAAGCUGCUUCUGGAAUCUGGUACUGUUGAUGUGAAUGCAAGCUGUUUGCAUGGCAGGAGACCAUUGCACAUGGUGCUGAGCCCAGAGAGCAAGCCAAACACUUACAGCUGCCUCACAUAUCUGCUGGAACAUGGAGCAGAGCCCAAUGUUUCCACAGAUGAAGGAUUGACCCCACUGCACAUGGCCGCAGCUGAAGGCCUGGAAGAGUGUGUUGAAGAGCUGGUUAGGGUUGGUGCAGAUACCCACACACACGAUAGCCGAGGACAUACACCCUUCGAACUUGCUUGUUUGUGGGGUCACAGGGUUGCUGCCAGGAUUCUUAAAAAUGCAAUGUGGCAUAAAGAUAAGAAGAGAGACAUGGAGAAACAUCAAGAACUGCAGAAUCUCAAACAGAAUAUGAUCAGGAUGUACAGAAAAGCAGAGGGAAUGCAGAAGUUAGCCAGAGAGGCCAUUAACAAACAGAAAGUGUCUGAGUGGGCAGAGAGGAAGGGUCUUCCCUGUCUCAGGUCUCCUACUACGGGCUUGUGGACAUUAAGCCAUCACUGUUGCCAUUCUGCCAAGCCUGUCAAGAAACAGCAUGCAACCAAAUGGAACAUCUCACCAAACCCAUCAAGACAUCCUCCAGCAAACAUCAGCAGAUCUGAGACCGUGAGAAUCGGUGUCCAUCCAGAGGAAGUAGCAGAUGAGCCUGAUCUAUGCCAGAGUGUGACUCUUCAUUGUUUCAGAAAUGGGCAGGUCCAAUGCAUUGCAUCAUGGGAUAAUGUUCCACAGCUGGUACCUGACCUGCCAAUGGAUGUGAUUCAGAAAGGCUUGUUUCCAUCCAAAUUUCCCCCUCGAAUUUCUGGUCCACUUCAGCUACAGUGCAACAGUGUGCUGGAUUUGCCUCAUCGGGGAGGUGCUCAUGGAGCUGAAGCUUCUCCCUGGACCGAAGUGGCAAUGCAUCUGGCUGAAGAGCUCCAGCCUGGCCAUUACUGAACAUAUUACUGAACACUACAGUCACUGGACUGAUUGAGGUGGUCAGUCUGGAUACAGGUAAAAACUAUACAAAUGCUACAUACCCAGUCCUUUGAGAAAUUCAACAAUAUACAGAACAUGGACAAAAAAAAGAUAAAAGUUUGUCAAGAAAAGAUAUAUGUUGUUUGUACUUUUAAUAGAUGUUUAAUAAAGGAUUUUUUCCUGAAUAUAUUAAAUUUGUCUU